AUGACCUUUGAAAGCACUGUCGAAAUCACACGCGGCAGCGUCGAGACGAAACAUGGCGCACCUCAACUGGACAACCCCGUCCCGGACUCGCUAUCACCGCUGACGUUUUCGAUUCCAGCGCCAAUAGCGACUGUACGUGCCAACAUCCAGGCGUUCGAAGAGGACAGCUUGCACAAGCUGCUGCAGCGCUACGAGGGUGCGGACGUGCUGCCGAAUGGCUGGCGAGAUGGUCCUCAUAGCAAGGGCAUCCAGGUUGUCUACGGAGAGGUCGACGGCAGUGAGUGGUUCACAAUGAAGACCACGGGCACGCUCCACGUUAGCGCUUCGAAGGCUGCAGCUAUUCUCAUGCGCUGCGACAUGGUGCCCAAGUUUGACGACAUGACUAAAGAGGUGAAGGCCAUGGAGAAGCUCAGUGAUGCGUCGGAGGUCCGUCGCGUGACCGCCAAGUCGGUCAUGUUUACAGCCGCGCGCGACUUCUCGGUCGUGUCGACGUUCCGCGAAGAAGCGAGCGGUCGCCUCCUCAUUGCCACCCGCUCGAUCGAGUACGUGCCUGAACGCAAGGGCUACGUGCGCGCGACGAUUCACAUCUCUGGCUACGUUGUGACGCCGCAUGCCACAGAUUCCGACAUGUGUGAGCUCAGCGUGGUAGCGCAUAUGGACUUGGGCGGGAGUUUGCCCGCGAUGGUGGUGCGCUACCUGGGUCUGUCUGCACCCAUAAAGCUGAUUGAGAAGAUUCAGGAGAUCACCAUGAAGGCGUAA